AGUAAUUCUCCAUUUCCAUUAUCUUCUGCACAUAACCGACAAAUUGUUGAAUCAUAAAGUCGUACUUCUGCCAUGAUUCCAAGGGAACUGCUCACUAACGACUAACAUCGAUUUUAUCCUAACCAAACCGACCAGUAAGAUGUAUUAUUUAUCAUCACCAAAGAUGGAAAAAGAAGAAAGUACACUUGAAGGACAUGAAUUUUAUUCAGCAGCUGUCAAAUACUGGGAACAUGUUCCACCUACAAUAGAUGGAAUGCUUGGAGGUUUUGGAUUUAUUUCUCAAAUUGAUAUAAAGGGAUCCACAAAAUUUUUAAAGGCUUUGUUUGAGUUAAAAAAUCCUCCAUUGAAGACACAUGCAUUAGAUUGUGGUGCAGGCAUAGGAAGGAUAACUAAGAAUCUAUUAUUAAAUCAUUUUAAACAUGUUGACUUAGUUGAGCAAAAUUUAAAAUUUCUAGAAGUAGCUAAAACAUGUUUGAAAAGUCAUUCAACAAGAAUUUGCAACUAUUAUCCAAUUGGACUACAAAACUUUUGCUUUACUGCCAAGUAUGAUGUCAUUUGGUGCCAAUGGGUUUUGGGUCAUUUAAAGCAUGAUGAUUUGAUAGAAUUUUUAAAAAAGUGUUCGAGUGGCCUAAAAUCUAAUGGUGUAAUAGUGAUUAAAGAAAAUGUGACCAGUUCUGAAAAUUUGGAGAUUGAUACAAAGGAUUCAUCAGUGACACGACCUCUUUCUGAAUUCUAUCGUAUAUUUCAGGAAUCUAAUUUAACUUGUAUAAAGGAAGAACAACAACAUAAAUUUCCACGUGGAUUGUACCCAGUUUAUAUGUUUGCUUUAAAGUCAGAUAACAAACUUCAAACCUCAAUGUAAAGACUAAUAGAGUAUUGAAUAAAUUAUUUCAUUACCUAUA